AUGGUUUAUGGCGAAAUCGCCAUACGGCUGAUUUUGCUUUCGAUCCUUGUUUGGAUCGCCUUCAGGGUGCUGCUGAGAUUCGCUUUUGGGGUGUCAGUCUCUUAUGUGAACAUAUUCAGGUUGCAGAUAGGUCGUUUGGCGAUCCGUGAUGUUCUUUACAUUGGUUCUAUUCAGUUUAUACCGUCCGAUAAGAAGUUUCUGGUCCGUGAUGUUACUAUAUUUCAUAGAAAGCCGGGCGAUGACGUUUCGAAGAAGAAGAGGAACGGCUCUUCAGGAAAUUUGAGCGCCAGACUUUCGUCGCUGUCGCCGAGAUAUUAUCAAUGGAUCAUUAAGUUUAUCGACGGACUGCACAUUAUGUGUUUUAACGUCAAGUUGGAAAGCUCGCAAGUGAAUCUUGCAACUGUGAGAAUGCAUCCAAGGAUGGUGCAGUCGCGGAACGUUUUGCGUGUGUCUUUCGUAAUGACAGGUCUCGCUUUCAACGGUGAUGUUCUGUUGGAAGAUGUCUCCCUCACGAGCAGGUGCCAAGUGUUAACGGACAGCGUAGGAAAAGGACUACCGCUCAAGGAUCUGUGUGUGGACCUUAAGGUCGGCGAUGUGAAACUUCCGCUGGAUUCGUUGAGCUCAUGGCAGACGGAAAAGAAGACUGUCGAAGCGGUCGAGCAAUUGACCAUCGAGGAGCGAGUUGAAGCCGGGAAGCAUUACUUGAUAUCUACGAUCAACCAGGUAUGUGAUUCGCUUCAGGCGCUGACUAGAUUCACCGCGUCUAUUGACCAGAUCUCAAUUGAAAUGAUUCCCAUGACAAGCGAACCAGAUUUGGUUGCUCUGAACGAGUUCUUGAGCUUGGAUGUGUUUGUUGAGACGUUUUUCCUCAACGUGGAGAGGAUCGACACUUCUGUCCCAGGUUUCAAACUGCUUUUUCGGGAAGAUGAUACCCCUUUCAAAUUUAAUUCAACGCUCUCUGGCUUUUCAGUAUCUAUGAACGUGAAAGAGACCUGUAAUAGCGCACAAUUGCAAAAUUUCAAAGUACUGGAGGUUCCUAAUGUGUCCCUUUUCGGCUCUUCGAAUCUUCUGUCUCAACGAUUUGCUUACGGCGAAAGCGGUGAGCUUGAGAAUGCCGUAUGCAGUAUCAAGGGCCAUAUCUCCUCACCAACGGUCGAUGUGGAUGUGGAUCAUCUUUCUUUCUACAAAUGUUUCAAGAGCAACAUCAGCGUUUUCAAAAGCAUUCUGGCGCCUCCUGAGUGCACACGAUACAAAGAAUCCUAUUCGACGUUUCUAAUCAGCAAAAAAAUUACCUUCGAAUAUUUCAAGGCUUUACUCCCCUUGAUAAACAUUAAAAUGACCCUCGAGGACCCUAGGCUGGUUGUCAGCGACCAAAAGGACUUUUUGAUCCACAAACUUUCAGCCUUGAUGCUCAAUUAUGAGACUCAGAGAUUUAACGCUGACGAAGAUGAUAAGAAAAAUCAAGUACACCAUGCUGUGAAUUGUAGCAUCGAGAUGAUAGGUCUUACGUCGCAGCAUGUGGUUCAAGAAUUCGACUACGUGCACACUAUACUGGUGAUAGAUAGCAUCGCAUGGAAGAAUUCUAUAAAAAUCAUACCAGAGCUUUUAUUUGCGGCUCAAAUCAAUGUUGAUACCUUUACAGUUGAUCUAUCCGAGUUGCCGACUAUGAUUGUACUGAAUGCCAUAUUCAAGAAGCUUGAUUCCAGAUAUUUAGACGUGGAGCAAAACUACUUCAUGGACUACUAUCGAAAAUUUGCAGAAACCCUGAGCGAGACGGAGAAAGAAUGUUCUAAGAUUGGCAGGAGUCUAAAAUGUCAGAAAAUUCUGCCAAGCGAAUUAUUUUUCCAGGAAUUGCCCGAAUUGUUCGACUACUUCAAGAUUGAUUUUAGACAGGUCCAAUUCACAUUUGGUGCUCGCUCAGUCUUCAUGCCUCCAUGCGUCUUUUCAAACAUUGAUCCGCAAAGUUCCGAAGAUUUUGUCGAUGGCAGAUUGAGAAAAUACUGUCUAGAGACAGAUAAGAUUCAAAUCGCUCUCUUUGGGAAUCGCACUCAAUGGCACAACAAAGUUGAAACAGGACGGACAACUAUGAGCAAGUCUGGUCAGGCUGGAAGUUACAAACAUUAUCAAAACGAAGGACUGGAUGAUAUUUCAACCAGCGAAGAAACUGAAGUUCAACAUCUUUGGAAUUUUAACACACUUAUCAAUGAUCUGUCAUCUACCAUAAUUUCCGAGACUACAUGUGCAAAUAAUGAACUCUCAGCGAGAAAAGUUUCCAAAGUGGCCGUACUUUCCAUCAAAGUCUUUCCCGAGACGUCCACUUUCGAGGCCGAUGGCGAUCGUUAUAUCGCAGUUCAGGUCGAGAACAAGCGACUCAAAUCUGUGUUAUCACUAAUGAAUUUGUUCUUGAUCAUAUCUGGUGUUCAUACCGUAAAGCAGAUUUUCGGCCAUGACGUCUGCUCGCACUCGCGUGAAUCUUUGGCUAAAAAGCACUUUAUGGCCGUCUCGCAGAAAAGGCGGAAACGAUUUUAUCAUUAUAUCAAAUGGGCGGAGCUGAAGAAUUUGCUUCAGUUUAACAUUUCGUCAGAACUCAUAACUAACAUUUUCGUGCUACCUAACGGGUUAACAGCCAGGUUCCAGGCAACUUCGGUUUUCUUGACUCUCAAGGAUUUGACUGAGUUUUCACUUAAUGGUCAGCAACUUCAGUUAUGCAUCGAAUCACCUCUCGUGCCCAAUCACUGGGUCCGUCUGCUUACAGUAUUACGCUAUAAUAUUUCUUUGAACGCUGACGCAAUUAUUGAGCAAAUGGGGAGCGGAUUUGGCAGCUUUGAAUCGCUUUCGCCGGCCGUCAUUUUGGAGAACGAAAUGUGGCAUAUAAGUAUCCCUCACAAGUUUGAGCUUUACACCCUUAUUGAUAAUAUUCCAACGGUUUAUAAGACUUUAAAGCAGAUGAUUCACAGCUUCAAAACCUCAAAGAACGAUUGCGUCAUCUUCCCUCAUCCAGUCAAAAGCCCAUCUCUGCCGAAAGUAAAACUGAAGUCGAAGAGAUGGCUCUUUAGUAUUGAAGAUGAUCCAUUUGAGGCGGAGCUCAACAUGAUAUGUCAAAUAGGUCUGGAAGAGCAAAAAUCGAGACUUGCGAAGCUUGAAGAAUUUGAAAGACGGACAGCUGCCGAAGUACUCAAACAGACCCAAUCGAAAGUCUCUGAAAGUCAGAAAAUGGCGUCAAUUAAGGUUAGUGACAUAAUCCAACGAAUUCGCGCUUUGAAGAGAAGGUUUCAUUUAAAGGCGAGUAACUCUCUAACACAUCCGGACCAUAAGAAUGAUAUGAAUAUUAAUGAGGAGAAAGUCGAAGAACAUGAGAUCUUUAUCUCAUCAGAAAUUGAGGACGCCUAUAACCGUCUACUUGAAAACUUCUCAACUUCCUGGAUCAAUAGAAUCAUGCAUUACAAACAGAAGGAGAAAGAUGAAUACGACAAGAACUUCCCAUUUUUAUGGGGAGAAUUUGACACAACCACCUUGCCGGAGGAUUUCAAUCAUAGAGUUCUUCCUUUCCGAACGCAUCCUUUCCUUGCCAAUUUAAUUGUGGAGGGAAUUGAUGUGGAUAUUUUCCAACCAUCAUUUGGAAUUGAUGGUAUUGCAGAUUUCAUACAUGAAGUCGGAAAAGGAGCUCCAAAAGAUGCUGAAUAUACCAUUAUGUUACCAAUGUAUUUCAAUUUCAAGUUUACUGAGCUGAGGUGGCACUUAAAGGAUUAUCCGCUUCCUCUGGUUUAUAUUCCGCCAUUAGGAAUGACGCAAGUUGGCAUAAGCGGCAAUCACUUUCACGGUGAUUUGAUAAUCGCCGAGGAUAUGAUUCGCUCAAGCAAUGAAGUCAGAGAAGUGUUUGUGCCUCUUGUGCCUUCGAGCGAUGGUGGUAAGGACAGCUACUAUUCGAUCACUGUUCCGAGGACAUUGACGAGUGCCAAGCUCUAUACUAAACUUGACUUUGAUAUUUAUUCAAAUGGCACUACUCAGGUUACUUGGGGCGGAGGUUAUCAACCGGCUAUUCAGCAAACGAUGCAAUGUUUAGACAAUUUUUCAAAACCUCCAAUCGACCCCUCUCCAAAACUUGGCUUCUGGGAUAAGCUGAGAUACAUUUUUCACGCCCGUGUCAAAGUGUCGUGGAAGAAAAAGGGUAAGUUCGAUGUCUGUCUCAAGGGCGGCAAGAGUCCUUACAAAAUCGGACCUGAUGCUGCUGGAUUCAUUCUAGGGUUUGCCGAAAACGUCAUGCUCGAUUGUAAUGAAAAAGAUGAUCCCCUCGAUUUCUUAUCAUGCAAAGCCGACACAGUACAUUUCAGUACACCUAACCACUUUGCUAGGCCUCUUCUUGUUUGGUCUCGUCCAUCUGACCAAACAGUAUUCAUUCCCAGUCACGAUAACACCAACUUACAGCAACAUGCGUCGUUUUAUUACCUAUUGGAUUUGGAGAAAACAACAAAGGAAGCCUCUGAAAGAGCAACAAUGGCAUCGCGCUACAUCGAGAAAACAGGCAUAAGUUUAGCGGGAGGGGUACUUCUUAAAGUAGGAAUAGUGUUAGAGCGGCUAAUUAAAGGGUCACUCGAAAGAAGCCGCUCUUUUAAACCACACUACGAGGCUCGGCUCUGCAACCCCCGAGCGGUGCCUGACCCAGACAAACAUGAUUCAUAUGCCAAAUUCAGAAGUCACUUUAUCCACAUGUCAUUUCUUCUCCUCUCAAGAUCUGACAGUGCUUACAAUACCAUGCAAUUAAGUCCAGCAAGCAUACAUCUUUUUAUGAACUGGUGGAGAUCUUUUGCUGGAAACCUUCCAGUUAGGAGGGGCCAACUGUUUGGGUUUCAGAGCAUAAGUCCGAAGUUUGGAGAACACCUAUGCACUAUAUCAUACCACGCUGAUGUUUCACCACUCUACAUAACUCAUUUGGCGCAUAGCAUUCAUAAUUCACAUGAAUUGAGAAAGAGCAAUCGCGAAACUAUCGAAUUCAGCGGCCUCAAGGCAAAGACUGACAACUUCGUGAUGGAUUUGCACCAGCGGAAAGAAGUAAUGCUAAAGUACCAGGAAGGCCUAGAUAAGACCAAAAAGAUUAUGAGCCUCAAACUUCUAGAAGGUGACAUUUCGACUGUGGAGCUUGAUAUACGUGCCAUUGAGGCAUCCUUUAGGCUCGCGAAGUUUAUCGAAGAGAAAGCAGAGGCGAAGUUUAAUAUCCCAGAUGGCGAUAUGAGUUGGUAUGAUCCUAGUGAUUUCAAAGAGGUCAAUUUCAUUGAUAUCGAGAAUUAUGUUCCAGAUCUGAAAAUGGUGCGAUUGCUAUAUGCUAGGCAGUUCAUGUAUCUAAGGCGAGCUGCAUACGGUGAUACAUUUCAAGUUGAUCCUGCGACACAUAAACGUAUUGUGCCGUUCAAGAAUAAUCUAUCACACAAAUGUGUAUUGGGCGAGCCGCUGAAGUUACCUUUCGUCUCUCUUAAGAAAAGACGAGAUCUACUAAUCAAGCACAAGAAGAGUCUUGAAGAGAAAAUACACUCACCUGAGGGCCGUAGUAAUAUUGAACUGUUGAAACAUAACUUAGAAGAAAGUGACCGGGCAAUUUGCGGUGUUGAUCAAAUGUUAGAAGAUUGUAACUCCCUCAACAAACUGGCUAUGGGAUUCGAUAAAUCGGAAGUGGAGUUUAACUACCCUUUCGUUGAGAAGCUUCAAAGCUCUGUAAUCUCCGCACGAGAAUUCGAGAACCGUUACCAUGUAUGCGGAAUGCUCCUGAGAUGGAAUGAAGAUACUAGAAACAUCGUGUUCAAGUACCUACAUUACAGGAGCUUGACACGCCAGUUCGCCUCAUUGACUGAGCAGCACUGCUUGAAAAUCAUCAGCAAAAUAAUAAAUAGCGAGACAUCGCAUCAAGAGAACGAAAGUCAGAGCAGUAAAUUAGACUUUAAUCGCGGCACACAGUUUGCAGAAGAUUUGAACAACGCCACUGAAGAAACCGUCAACAAAAUAUUAGAAGAUAUCUUCAAUAACGGAAUAUCAAAACUAGGAUCAGACACCGAAUAUGCUGUGCAACACAACCAUAUUGUUCAGUUCAUUAACCCUCAGAUUCAACUGAUCUCCGACAAGGCGGCAGACACUUGCUUAGUUGUUACGACACCAACCAUUAUGUUGAAGGUACUGUCUUUCGGAGUCGAGAGGGCCAAAUACGAUGAUGAUGUAUUUUUAAGACGAUACGGAAUUCACUUUACCAAAGCAAAUGUAUUCCAUUUUUCAAAGAGUGAUUAUGAAUUUGAUGAUCAAGAUUUACUGGAGAUGGAUUUUGCAAUAGACGGCUACGGGCAGGAUAAGGGAGUCCAAUGGCCGCCAUGGCUGAGUAUAAAUCUCUGUUUGGAGCCGACGGCUCUGGCUUCGAACGCUAUUAUGAAAGAUCUCUCUGCCGUGGUGAUUUAUGACAAUGCAUCUCAAUUCACAAAUGUGUAUGCUUUAAAGCAAGGAAAUUUUAAAGAUACGGUCAGCGUCUACAUUCCCAAAAUUAUAUUGACAUCAGAUUCAAAAAGAUACAUGACGCUUUAUUCAAUGAUCACUAAUCUUUUAAUUUACAUGGAACCGGAAAAUGCUGAAUUGCGUAAACAAAUAGAGAAAUGGACAUUAGGAUAUUACCCAGAAGAUGUCUCACAAAUGCAUCGACUAGUUUCAGAAAUUCAUCGAAAUCUGAAAAUGCUUUCAGACAUUGAGAAUGAGUUUUCUUUUAGGAGACCUAUAUUAGAUGAAGCAGAUAAAAUGGAGUUUGACACUGUGCGAAACGAGAGAGCAGACAACCUUUUGCGCCUCUACAUUCUGAUGAGAGUUUUCAGUUCUGGUCUUGGGCCUGCUGAAAACCAGAGUCGCACUCUUCUCUGGAAUGCUCAUUUGAAAGAAACAAUCUUUCAUAUGCUUGAAAGUGAUUCAUCGCCGUUUGUAGAUGUUGCGGUGGCUAAACUUCACUUUCAGAGGGAAGAGUCUUCGAAUGGAUUCAACAAGAGUAGCAUCACAGCUGAAAUGGCACAGGUAUUUCAUCUGCAAAGAAACGCAACGUACAAAAAUGUACUAGGUCCGUAUAUCCCAAACAACAGAUAUUCGAAGUCCGAUGAACAUUUAAUAAAGAUAAGCUGGGUUAUGAAUAGGCCGAUAGGCGGUAUCAAGGUCAUAAAACAUGCUGAGACGAAUUUAGCCGACUUCUCCCUGGGAUUGGAGGAGGAAACUAUUAACCGUCUCAUCGCCUGGCUUGUUCCCAAGGAAGACUUGUCGAUGAAAAUGAACGGGCAGAAAGAACAACAAGAGCAGGCGGACGUGGAAAGCGCUUACGAUGUCGAGCUUGCUGAUGAUUAUAUGAACUUCUCUGGCGAGAAGGGACCAGACCUGCGUGAGAUGGUGCAAAGAUCCGGUGUUUUCUUCAUCAUUGAGAACAUCACGAUCAAUAGCUUCCUUCUCUGCAUAAGCUUCAGGGGCAGAGGCGCAAAGCGUAUGAUUAACGUAACAGAUUUUAUGUUCCAUUUCCCGAAGUUGACGUUCGAGAACCAAACCAUGCGUUUAAUAGAUCUUUUCAUGCAUCUGAGAAAGAUGAUACUCAAAGACAUCAUCAGGCAUGCAGUCAAAUUUCUCGAGACGAAGGUUAGAAAUCAUCCCCCCAAACUCACGGAUGACAUGCCAUUGAAGCAAUUAUCCCGAUAUGAAUCCUAUACUCACGCCGAAGAUUUACAAGAUUAG